UGAAGUGGUAAUCUUCAUAUCAAUUGACCUUCAGUUACAAUCAAUCUAUCAUUCCCAGGCUUGGAGCCACAGUUAAACACCGCAAUCUUGAUAGAUUUCAAACCCCGACAAGCCACCCGGCACGCAAUUUCCCAGAACCCCCUGUCGAUUCCCAAACAAUGCCUCGCCAGACACGCGCUGCCCUCCGCGCUCAGGCCAGCGCCGACAUCCACACCGACGCCGACGCCGACCUCGACACCUCGACCUCUACCAAUACGCCUGUCGAACUUACUACUACGAACGACUCUGACGCCGAAAACCACGCGCGAGCACCCCUAGGCGAGAUUGCGAUGAACGAGGUUGACGCAUUGACCGCGCAGGAACUGGAUCCGAUUGAUCUGAAGACGGGGAUGGCGCCGACGGGGACGGUUAAGAAGGGCCGAGGGAGGGGGAGGAAUAAGGGUGGGAUGAAAGGGGGGGAUGGAGAUCGAACGGCGGAGGCUACGGCCGGAGAGCAGGGUGAGGAGCCGAUAGAGGUUGGCGAUGUUUUGAUGCAAGUUGAGGAGCCGACUGCAGAGGCAAAGAAGGUUGAAGAACCGCAGCAGCCGAGUCCAGUCAAACGGACCCGUUCGACAAGACGGACCCGUGCAACAGCCAAGGAAGAUGAGAUCUCAUGCACCGACGUUCCAACAACCGACGAGAAGCCCACAUCUUUGGCCACAGAUGCUAGUGAGGAAUCAGAGUCCAAUCAAGUAGAUCCAGUUGUCAACACCGCGGCAUCAAUCGAGGCUAUGGAGUUGGGGAGCAGUGAGAUACAGCGCCAUGAUGCUCUUAUUACGGAAGCAAGCACGAACGAGGAGGAACCCCCAACAAAGGCCGAUUCCGUGCUUCCUCUGGCUGAUAUACCUUUAUAUUCUCCUUCGGGCAAACAUCUACGCCCCGAGGACUCGAUCGAAGCGAUGGACGACCUCGAGGAUGCGAUCGAAGCCAUUGGCAACGCCAUUCCCAAUCUUGAAGUCCGCAACCCUGCCCCUGAGAAGCGUAAAAGUGUCUCGAAUUCCCCUGCAGCGAAAAGCCCGAAACCCGUGUCGGAUAUUGGUCACUCUUCCGCCACAAAGCCACUGACACCAGCGGCGAGGCAGCCAGGGCAAAUUACACCGAAAGGCACGACUUCAGUCACUCGGAGCACUUCCACCCUCCUUCGCUCCGCGAGCACCAAGGCCGCACCGAAGCCGAAGGCUCCUCUUCCUUCUACUUCCAAAUCCAUAUUGACCAUCAAGCCCAAAACAUCGAAUACGAUGCCACCGGGUACGAAGCGGCGACCUAUUUCCCUGCAAUUUCCACCCGCUCCAGGGCCGAUAAAAUCGAGCAAGCCGCCUACUCAAUCGACCUUCACGCUUCCCGGUGAAGCGAUCGCCGCGAAGCUCAAGGCAGCUCGUGAAGCGAGGUUGGCUGCCGCAGAGGAGGAGGCAAAGAAACGUCGUGAGUUCAAGGCACGGCCGGUACCAAAGGCGACCGCUGGAACAGUCACCGUGCACGUACGAAAGACGACUGCGAGCAUAGCUAGGGAGAGUAUGAUUCGCGGCGAGGUUUCGGUGGCUGGAAACUCGAGAGCAUCGUCCGCGAGCAGACCGAGUGUGGCUGCUAGUGGCAAUGGCACUAUUAAGCCAAAUACGUUAAAGAGGGCGUCUAUCGCGGGUGUCGCGAUUCCUCCUCCCAGGCCGGCUGCGAAGGAGACGAUCAUGAAGCUGACCCGUCCAUCAUCGAUCGCCGGUGCGCCUGCCACAUCCAUCACCAGCACCAAGCGUGCAUCCACGCUGCUGAAGACCGCAUCUACCUCGUCUUCCGCCACGUCGACGAUCGCAAAGCGUCCAUCGACCCUCGCAACCAAGCCACGCCCUACCUCCACCCAUCUCGCCCCCACACCGCCCACCCGCCGCCCCUCCACUGUAGCGAGCAACUCGUCCGCGUCCGGACCCUCAGCCGCGUCCAAGCCCUCCGUCACGGCCACCGACCUCGCGACGCAGAAGGUCAAGGCGCGGGAGAUCUUCAACCGGGACAAGGUGGAGAAGGAGGAUCGGGAGCGGCAGCGGCGGGAGAAGGAGGACGGGGCGCGGAAGGCGAGGGCAGAGGCGGCGGAGCGGGGUCGGUUGGCGAGUCGGGAGUGGGCGGAGAGGCAGCGGUUGAGAGCGUUGGCGACGGGGACGGGGAGGAAGGUAGAGGCGAUGGCGAACUAGGUUUGUGUCUCCCUUUGCAAAGAGUCUUUUGUGAAGACGGCGCUGGUGUUUGAAGGAGCGCACUGUUGUUUCUAUGGUUUUGAUUGCGAGCCUUUCAGGGCGGCGUUGACCCACAAAGAAGUUUAGUUGUUUCUCUUGUUUCCUAUCGUCUAAGCAUCAUAUCCUCUGUUUUCAGUUUGGCGUUGGAGCAGUUCGUUCAAGCGUGGAAUUUGCAGGUUUCCAUAUCAGCCGGUCAACCUUGUGCGGAAACUGAUUGUAUCUUAGUUUAUUUCAGGUGACUUCGGCUGACUUGUGUCGUCGUCUUCAUUAAAAUCUUUACUUGAGUCAUUAUCUCACUCGAGUUGCGAUCCUCCCUAGCCACUGACCACUCUCAACCAGUGUUCGUAGUUAGUAGUCGAAUAUUAGCACGU